AUGACUCGUCUCUGGCAAGUAAAAUUUGGACCAUUAAUGGUGAAGUUCCGCCCCGAAGAUAUUCGAGCGAUUGAAGAAGAUAUUUGGAGAAUCCGCAAUAUUUCGAAAGUAACUAAAAUUGCAAAGAGACUUCCGAAUACUGAUUUCUAUCUUCCAAUUGUUUUCAAGUGUUAUUAUGACGUACUUUAUGGACCAUCAAAUGUCGAACACACUGGAAUUCAUAGUUGUCCGAAUGCUGAAUCGUGUUUUAUGCCUCAAAGAGAAGAUUACAAAUGCAUUCAUUCGGAUGCUCAAUACUUCUCCGGUCCUCAUAUGGUUCCUUUCACUUAUCACUUCUCUAAUAACUCAUUCUGGUCGAAAGAUAUCGGGUGUUAUCAAUAA